AUGGUUAGAGUUUUGCGCGACAAUGAGCCAAUUUGGAUUUCGAAAAUAAAUAGAAGAAUGAGGUAAGUUAGCGGAAACCUUUUACAAACUCAAAUAAUAUCAAUAUUGAUUUUAGUUUCAACAAAUUUCGCGAAAAUGCCAGUCAUUUUCGAUCAAUUGGUCAAGAUUUCAGUCGUGUUUUGAAAUAUAUCAAUGAAGUGAAAGAGGUUUAUGAAGUGACAAUUGAAACGUGGUCAAAAGGGAGUAUGAAUAUUUGGGUUGCGUCGAAUUAUGUCGAAACAACUGGCGAAAUGUUGGAAAAAUUUUUGGAAACUGAUCAGGUACGAUUUUGAGGGAGGGGAGGGGGGCUAGAGAAACAACAAAACAACAAUACUCCGAUAAUACGUAAGAACGACACGCAAGCGGAAAUUCAAAUUCAGUUUUUUUCUUUUCUUUUUUUUUUAAUUUGUUUUCCAACAAAGAAUUGUCAAAAAAAUAUUUUUAGAUGGAAGAAUCAACAUUGAUGGAAAAUGAAGUUACAAUUUCGGAUCUUAUUGAAAUUGGAACUCGAAGUGAUGAAGAUGGCGAAGAAAAUGAUAGUGAUAACGAAGAAGAAGAAGAAAAAGAAAUCGAUUCAGAUUUGGAUGACUCGUGGUUUUCGGACGAAGCAUAG